AUGGGACGUCCAGCCCGCCAGCCUCGAGGCGAUCCACGAGGCCGCGUGCACGAACCCCCAGCGCUUCGGCAUCUACGUGCGAGGCCACGACAGCUACGUCAAGGAGCUGGUGGCGCUGUUCAAGCGCUCCCGCGAGGCCCGGGACGCCCGGUCGAUGGAGACGAUCGGGCAGAUCGUCCUGGCGCUGCUCAAGACGCCCUACAACUCCGAGGGCAAGAUCAUCGGGCAGUUCGUCGACAGCGACGUCAUCGAGGACUGCAUCGACGUUGUGCAGUUCGCCAUCGGCCGGCGCGACGCCGCGAGCGGCUUCGUCGGCUUCGCGGCUCGGCGCGCGACCUUCCACGACCCCUGCGGCCUCCCCGACGCCAUCCUGGCCCGGGUCCACAUCAUCUUCGCCACGGCCUACCUGCGCGACCUGGUCCCGCUCAGCCUGGACGAGGGCGACGCCCUGGCCUCCUCGCUGCUGGGGUCCUUCCUGCUGCGCUUCAAGUACGCGCUGGUGGAGGACGUGUGCCGCGGCCCGGGGCUCCUCCCCCGCGCCCUGCGCGACGCCCUGGGGCGGCGCACCCGGGCCGCCCUCUACCCCCUCGCCGCCUUCCUCGCCGACACCACGAAGACGAUCAAGAACGCCCUGCUCGCGCUCGACGCGAAGGAGGAGCUGCUCGCGCGGGUCGUGCAGGGGGGGCUCUUCCCCUUCGUCAACGCCCUGCUGCAGGUCGCCCUGGAAGGGGAGGAAGGGGAGGGGGGGGGCGGCGGCCUAUCACAGGAGGACGAGGCGGCCCUGCGCGCGGCCUGUGA